CUCAUAUAUACCCUCACUCCCAGCCAAAUAUAUCAUUUUGGAACCAUCUCUCUCCUGAAAGAAUCUAGGGUUUGGAACAGUGAAUCUUGCCCCCUCUCUGUUUUCUGGUGACCAUGUGAGAUUUCUUGAUACUAAUAGGAAAGAAAUAACGUAUUAAUCUUCUGGUAGUAUGGCGACAGAAAGUCCAAUUAGAAUGUCAGAAACUAGUGGGAAAUGGCCAUCUCAUCAAGAGGCUGCAACAUUUGCAGUGCCAUCUGCUAGCGUGGCAGAGGAAUUGGGAUUGCUUUUGAAGGGCCAUAAGUUUCAUGGCAGGGGGAGGGAUGUAGUUCCUAAUCGAAGUGGAAGUGCACCCCCAAGCAUGGAAGGUUCGUUCUUGUCUAUGGACAACCUUUUGUCCCAGCAGACCUACAACUUGAAUGCAAGCUUUGAAAGUCUAAACAGUGCUAUUCAGAACUAUGAGUCUGAGGAGCAAAUGCGUGCUGAUCCAGCUUAUUUGGCUUAUUACUUUUCCAAUGUCAACCUAAAUCCUAGGCUUCCUCCCCCACUUAUCUCAUCAGAGAAUCGCCGUGUGGUACGCCAUAUUGGUAGUUUUGGCAACAACUGGGCAUUGACUUCUGUGGAUGAUAGUGGCAACAGUUCCUUGCAUAUGUCACACGGAACUCUCUCUACGCAAUACGAAGAGUCUGAAGAUGAUCAGUCACCCCAAAAGCCUUCUGAUGAUUGGGUAGAUGGGACAAGUGGGUUUUGGUCUGGCCAGGAUGUGGCUUCAUUGGCAGGUCAACACAAAAAUGUGGUGGAUUUAAUACAGGAAGAUUUACCCCGCACUCCAUCACCUGUAUAUAGUCAGUCUAACUUGUUAAGCCAUGGAGUAGUAGAGGAAGCAGUUGACCACAAUGCCGAUUCCAGUUCCUUGUGUGAUCCCCUUAUUAGCACAUCAAAUGGCGUCACAUCUACUCUUAGUGCAGAUUAUAGAAGGGCAUCAUCAAAUUCUGAUCCUUUGGUUGGCCCUGAUUCAAGUACAUCACGUCAUGGUCGUAUAGGAAGCACGGAUGUAAAUGAUUCAAACAUUACCACUAUUGAAUCUGAAAUGAAGGCUCUUUUUCUAUCCAAUCCUCCAAAUCCAGAAAAUAGAAAAAAUCAAGAACAAUGGCAACAUGGCAGCCAGAAUAAUAUCUUGCAACCCCUGGUACACCAACUACAAAACAAUUUCUCUCAAGGUCAAACUGCCAAGUCUCAAGUGAUAUCUCAAGGUGUAAACUGCACAUAUGUUGGUGCGGACCAGUUUCUCCAUAGUCCCAGCAAGUUUACAGUAGAGGUACAACCAGUACUACAAUCGUCUGGGUUCACAUCUCCACUCUAUGCAACUGCAGCGGCUUACAUGACUUCAACAAAUCCUUUCUACCCUAAUCUGCAGGCCCCAGGCUUAUAUUCCCCGCAAUAUGUAGGUGGAUAUGCUUUGAAUCCUGCAUCUGUUCCUCCAUAUAUUGCUGGAUACUCUCCUCAUGGUCCUGUUCCUGUUGUUGUUGAUGGAACUGCUGGUCCAAGCUAUACUGCUCAAACGUCUGGGGUUUCAACCGGGGGAAACAUAUCGCAUGGAGCUGAUAUGCAACAUUUAGGCAAGUUCUAUGGACAAUUUGGUUUUCCAGUACAACCUUCUUUUGGUGACCCUAUAUAUAUGCAGUACCAGCAACAGCUUUAUGGUGAGGCUUAUGGUGGUAUUUCUGGUCAAUUUGAUCCAUUGGCUUCUAGAGGCGGCAUUGAUGUUGGGAGCCAGGUUAGAGCUCUUGAUUCACAGAAAGCUUCCAGUAUUGCUGGUUAUUUGGAUGAUCACAAAUUCCAUCAGAUAAAUGGAGGCUCAAAUAAGUUAAACCCAAGACGAGGUGGGAUGAUGAGUCCUAACUAUUAUGGGAGUCAGCAAAACAUGGGUUUUCUUAUGCAGUAUGCGAACUCGCCACUUGCAAGUCCAGCUUUACCGGGAUCGCCUGUUGGUGGAACUGGUCUUCCUGGGGGAAGAAAUGAAAUGAGAUUUGCUCCAGCUUCUGGUAGAAAUGCUGGUGUAUAUCCUGGAUGGCAAAGUCAAAGAGGCUUUGAGAGUUUUGAUGACCCCAAAAUAUAUAAUUUUCUUGAAGAAUUGAAAUCUGGCAAAGGCCGUAGAUUUGAGCUGUCUGAUAUCGGAGGCCAUAUUGUUGAAUUCAGUGCUGAUCAACAUGGGAGUCGGUUUAUUCAGCAGAAGUUGGAAAAUUGUAGUGUUGAAGAGAAGGCAUCUGUAUUUAAAGAGGUUCUCCCUCAUGCUUCCAAGCUAAUGACUGAUGUUUUCGGUAACUAUGUUAUUCAGAAGUUUUUUGAGUAUGGGAGCCCUGAACAGAGGAAGGAACUUGCUAAUCAACUCACAGGUCAGGUUUUGCCUUUAAGUCUGCAGAUGUACGGCUGUCGUGUAAUCCAAAAGGCACUUGACGUUAUUGAGCUUGAACAAAAAGCACAGCUUGUUCGAGAGCUGGAUGGACAUGUUAUGAGAUGUGUUCGUGAUCAAAACGGGAAUCAUGUAAUACAAAAGUGCAUUGAGAGUGUUCCAACAGAGAGAAUUGAGUUUAUCAUAUCUGCUUUUCGCGGUCAAGUUGCGACGCUUUCUAUGCAUCCUUAUGGUUGCCGUGUCAUACAGAGAGUUCUAGAGCAUUGUACAGAUGAGGUGCGAUGUCAGUUUAUAGUGGAUGAAAUAUUGGAGUCUGUUUGUGCUCUUGCUCAGGACCAGUAUGGCAACUAUGUCACCCAGCAUGUAUUGGAGAGAGGAAAGCCUCAGGAAAGGCGCCAGAUUAUAAGCAAGUUGGCAGGACAUAUUGUACAUCUGAGCCAGCAUAAAUUUGCUUCAAACGUUGUUGAGAAAUGUUUGGAGUAUGGUGGCGCCACUGAACGAGAGCUGUUAAUUGGGGAGAUUUUUGGGCAUACGGAAGGAACUGAUAAUUUAUUGACAAUGAUGAAGGACCAAUUUGCAAAUUACGUGGUCCAGAAGAUUCUUGACAUAUGUUCUGAUAAUCAGCGAGCAAUAUUACUUGGCUGUGUAAGAGUUCAUGCUCAUGCUUUGAAGAAAUACACUUACGGGAAACACAUUGUGGCUCGAUUCGAGCAGCAAUUUGGAGAAGAAAAUCCUACAUCUGGAACCUGAUAAAAAAACAGGGGGAAUCAUCCAUGCCUCUUGUUGGUGCUGCUGUGGCCUGUCUGGUUCUUGCAUCAGUGAAAAGAAAGGAAUAUCAUGAGAUAAGUACAUGCUUCUCAAGAAGGCCGCCCCCGCUGCUUUAAAUUAUGGAAUUUGGUAGCUUCCAUCCAGGGAAGUUUUAACAAGUUCAAUCAUUAGUAGAAUGGUUGAUGCUGUAAAGUAAACUAUAUAUAAAUAUGUAUGUAUAUUUCAAACAGUAUGUUUUUAUAUGGUUACUGUAGGGUGAUUGGUUUGCAAGGGUAAUUAUUUGGAAGGAGAACCUUCCUAAGCUGUAAAAUUCUUUACUGGAUUUAUCUUGCAUUGUGUGUAUGGUUUCCAAAAUAA